AUGCCGCCCAGUGUCUCAUCCGUCACCACUGACGUCACCACCAACGUCACCACUGACGUCACCACCAACGUCACCACUAACGCCAUCACCAACGUCACCACUGACGCCAUCACCAACGUCACCACUGACGCCAUCACCAACGUCACCACUGACGCCAUCACCAACGUCACCACUGACGCCAUCACCAACGUUACCUCUGACGUCCCCACCAACGUCACCACCAACAUAACGACAGAUGGCAGCACCAACGCCACCACCAACGUCACCACCAACGUCACCACUGACGCCAUCACCAACGUCACCACUGACGCAACGACGGAUGGCAACACUGACGUCACCAACAACGUUACCUCUGACGUCACUACCAACGUCACCACUAACGUCACCACUGACGUCACCAAUGACGUCACCACCAACGUCACCACUGACGUCACCACUGACGUCACCACUGACGUCACCACUGACGUCACCACCAACGUCACCACUGACGCAACGACAGAUGACAGCACUGACGUCACCAACAACGUCACCACUGACGUCACCACCAACGUCACCACUGACGCAACGACGGAUGACAUCGCUGAC